UCCUCUUUCCCACACCUCUGACCACCUCCUCUUCCACACCAAUCUUUUAAGCUGGUCGGCGCAACCUUUUUCGCUUGUUGUGCCUCUCUCUCCACACUCUUAUCCACCCGCUUGUUGCCUAUCUCAUCGGCGCCCUAGGCUUGCUUCAACUAAUAUCCAAAGCCUCGUCACCACCGGCGUCUCCCCAUUCGCCUCCCAUUACAACCACUUAUUCCUACCGUUGCGAAACCUUGUCGCUCCAACACACCACAAUGGCAAAGAAGACUGCCCAACCCGCUGACGCCGAAUCGGCCACCACUCAAGUUAACAUCGCCGACUUCCAGCGCACCCGCGACUCAGUCAUUGUUGCACUUGCAACCCUUCAGUCCAGUGUCCAGGAUCUCUCGCGAGCCUACAUCCAGCAUGCCAACACCGUUUUGACCCCAGGAAAGCAUGGCUUGUCCGCUAUUGACAGCAACCUCACCAGCAUUCUUACCGAGUCUGGUUUGUUGGCAGGCCGACCUGGCGAAGGUGCACCUGCAGCUGGCCUUGACCUUGAAGGCGAUGGCAAGAAGAAGCGCAAGCGAACUCCUCACGAUCCCAAUGCCCCCAAACGCGCCCUCACUCCCUACUUCCUCUACAUGCAGAGUGCUCGUGCCACUAUCGCCAAAGAACUUGGUGACUCAGCCAAGCCCAAGGAGGUUGCUGAUGAAGGUACUCGACGGUGGACUGAGAUGAGCCCAGCUGAGAAGAGCGUCUGGGAUGACAAGUACCAACGAAACUUGGCCGCAUAUCGUGUCAAGAUGGCCGCUUAUAAGGCCGGUCAACCAGUGCCCAGUGAUGAUGAGGCUGCGAGACUGGUUGAAGCUGGUAAGGCUCCUGAGCACAUUGCUGGUCUCGAUGCCGAAGCCGAGACGGAAGAAGAAGUUGCCGCUCAAUCAUCUGAUUCAUCCCCUGAACCAGCUAAAGAGCCCUCCCCACCAAAGUCCAAGCGUCGCAAGACCAAGGACGCCACCCCCAGCAAGCCAACACCCAAGGCUGACGCCAAAUCGCCAGAAAAGAAGUCCAAGAAGGGUAAAAAGGAAUCGUCACCUGCCCCAGCAUCAGUGUCCAAGACCGACAAGACUAAGAGAAAGUCCAAAAAGUGAAUGCUUGAUGUUGUAAUUGUACAUGAUUACGAGUCUACUUGGAAGGCAUGGGAAUGGUUAAGGGCAAGGGGUCACUGUACCUCCUCAUUCAGGGUUCUUUCGAGUUGAUGUGCUAGUUCUUGCUAAACCAGAGCUUUGUUUCCGGUUGGGUUACGACUGAUCAAUAUCGAGUUAACAUCCUGUCGCGGCGUGUCGGUCGGGAGUGGGAUGGAGGUGCUUAUUCCACUUGAGUAUACCAUGCAAACAAAUGUUGAUAUGAUAUGAUUUCA